AUGCGGUGGGUCGUGGUCACCCGCACCUUCCCAUUCCUUGUGAACUUCUGGGACACGGCGGGCCAGGAGAGGUUCCAGAGCAUGCACGCAUCCUACUACCACAAGGCCCAUGCGUGUAUCAUGGUGUUUGAUGUGCAGCGGAAAGUCACCUACAAGAACUUAAACAGCUGGUACAAGGAGCUGAGAGAAUUCCGGCCCGAGAUUCCCUGCGUUGUGGUGGCCAACAAAAUCGAUG